AUGCCACUGCAGACUGAGGAAACAGGGAAUCAAACACCUUUGAAUCAACUGGGACAGGAUCAACAACAAGAGCAGCGACAACGAGAAGGAGGGCAAUAUGAAUUACGCGAUGCGGGGUAUGAAAUGUUGCAGAUCAGCGCUGAGGAGUCCCCGCGGGAGCCCAUUCACGACGACGUUUGUCGGCAGUCGCAGCACACCGCUUCCAGUGCGCUGAACAUGAGCAUUCUUCGGGGCGUGCCGGAGCACCUCCAUCCGCUUGCGCGGCAGAUCCACACACUAAACGAUGCGGACCUCGUCGUCAUUGCCGCCAUCACGGAUAAUGUCGCCACACGCGAUGUGUACUCACUGCUGCCAUACACAGGAAGUAACUGGUUCCUGCCGCAGAUAUCGGAGGUGGGUGAGGGCGAGCCCCACUGGGGCAUCCACUGCAGCUCGUAUGGCGCCUUUAAUAUCACACUUGGUGGCCGCCGUAUGUUUCUUCCGGUCACUGGCAUAUUUCUCCGCAUUCUUGUGAUUGUUUUGUUCUGGUUUACACUGUGGAAUAUUCUACCGCACUGGUUAAUGGAGCCUAGCGGCUAUGUGUGGGACCCACUCGUGCUGGUUGUGGUUGCUGCCAUUGUGGGUGGUUUGCUCUGCCGUUUGCUGCAGAUCCCACCGCUUGCUGGCGUGUUGUGGAUUGCCAUUAUGUGGAAUAACAUUCCUCACGAGCAUUAUCUAACGGAGGGUAUCGUGCUCCAGGUAAAAGAUAUUUCAUCAAAAAUGGGUCUUACGGUCAUUAUGGCGCGCGCCGGAUACUCGCUGACGAUCAAGGGCAUCAUCCCGCAUUGGAAACAGAGCAUACUUUUGGCGACAAUGCCAUUUGCGUUCGAGGGAGUUGCACACAGCCUUAUUGCGAACAAGAUAUUCAAAUAUGAGGACAACUAUCAGUGGGCCUUCCUGCAGGGAAUGGUGUGCUCUAUCGUCUCCCCGGCGGUUGUGGUGCCUGGCACCUUAUACCUGCAGGAGAUGGGGUAUGGCCGUGGUGUUGGGCCGCUUUCACUGAUGCUCUCCGCUGUCGGCGUGGAGAUCGUACUUGGGGUGUGGACUGCGAACUUUAUCAUCGGUUUACUUUUCCACGAUCAGAACCUCGCUGUCGCAAUUGUUCUGGGACCUGUGCAGUUUAUUGGCGGCAUUAUCAUCGGCAUCAUCAUCGGCGUCGCAUUCUUCUACUUUGUGGAGAUAUUGAAGAAUGAAGCCGAGCGACUACCGAAUGGGCAUUUCCAGAAGAAGCACUUCUACGGUACCCUGGAUUUUGCUACCUUUGUGUUCUUGUUGCUCGCUUUUUCAAUGGUUUUUCUUGGGUAUAGCCUCAACCUUGCCGGUGGUGGCUGCACCAUGUGUGUCUUCUUCGCGAGCACGGUGACACACUUCUGCCUCAAGGACGGCAACCCAGAGUUGGAGGAACAGAAGAAAUAUAUUGGCUCGUGGCUGGCCUUUGUCUGGGACAAUGCCAUGAUGCCGUUUCUCUUCGCUAUGAUGGGGGCGAAGAUCAACAUUGGCGCCAUCUUCAACUCGGACUUCUUCCCCAAAGCGAUUGUCUGCCUUAUUUGCAGCACCGUUGUGCGUCUGGUGGUGACGCUUGUGAUUCAGCUCGGCUCCGGCACGCCUUGGCAGCAUAAGCUUCUCGUGUGCGCCGGCUACACCGGCAAGGCAUCCGCGCAGGCGUCUCUCGGCCCCAUUGCUGCAGCACUCGUGGCUGCGGAGUUAGCGAAGCUCCCGCCCGACGUGGCGCCCACAGCGGAGCUGCUGAAGCGACGUGAGUAUGCCAACAACGUGCAGCAGAUGUCGGCGAUGUAUGUAAUGUUCAUGGCGGCCGUCGCGUCGCUGAGCCUCGUGCGCGGCGGCAUGGCACUGCUGCCACGCGUGCUGCCGCCGGAGCGGAAACGUCGCUGGGGCGACUCUUCGGUGGAGGGGCCACAGCCUGAAGAAAGCGACAAAAACGUCGACAGGAGCGCGGAGGAGGAUGAAGCGAGGGGUGAUAUCGCGGGCCGGAACAACGCUGCGGGGCGGUAG